GUUCUUCUAACAACUAUCUAUAAACAAUGGUAAAGAAAAAUGCUACCACGCAAAAUGGAAACAAAGACGAACAGGACAACCAGAACGCCACCACCCUCAAUAACAACUGGAAAAAGGUAGAACACAAAAAAUUGAAGAAACGGGAAACCAUUGUAGGAAAUGCUAACUCAACCGACAUCAAAACUGUCCCAAGAAAUGCGUAUGUGCAUGUUAGUCGAUUGUCAAGUGAAACGACUGGAAAACUUCUUACGCAAAGAUUUUCCGGAAAAUAAAUGCGAGUUACUAAAGAGCAACUUUCCAACUACUCAUGCCCGGUUUAAAGUGACAAUAGAUUUUACAAAUCUUGACAAAAGUAGAAACCCUGACGUAUGGCCAAAAGGAGCUCAGAUAUCCCGGUUUUUUCAUCCGAGAAAAAUCAUAAACCAGACAGGAUAAAAGAUCGUACUCUAAACCAUCGAGAAGACAAUGACGACUCGAGCCAGCCCUUGAGAAUAUUGAACUUUAAUGUAAGGAGUUUACGCAACAAAGUUGACGAACUAAAUAUAUAUGUGUACGAGUUGGAUUUUCCUGAAGUGUUGUGCUUCACUGAGUCAUGGCUGUCAACAGAAGAAGUAAACGAACUUCGAUUUGACGGAUAUAAGGUCGGAGCUCAUUUCUGCCGUUCUGGACAACGGGGGGGAGGUGUUAUUAUUUUAGUACGUAAGGAUUUAUUCUUUGAGGAGAUUGACGUAAAAAAAUUUGCACGUGAGAAAUUGUUUGAAGUUUGUUGCAUCAAACUAAAUUUAAGCAAAUGUGCAAUUACUAUAAUAAGUAUUUACAGGUCUGGAGGAGAUUGUAGGGCUUCUAUGGUGCAACUUGAGGACCUGUUGAAAAAGCUUCAUAAACCGGCUACGAAAACAGUCCUGUGUGGGGACUUUAACACUGAUUUCCGGAUAAACAGUGAGGACAAAAAUUUGGUUCUUGAUACUUUAUCACCAUAUGGUCUAGAACAAUAUGUCUUUGAACCGACCAGAGUCUGCGUUUUCGCCGUUUUUCAGUUUCUUUGGAAAAAAAGAUGGCUGCUUUAUCACUCUUGGAAAAUACCCGGACCAUUUGCGGUUCCCCUAGUGGGAACUAUCUUUUUGUUAUCUGCAACCAAAAGCAAUUUUUUCGAACUGACCUGUCAAGUACUAAAUUUCUAUCGACCAGUUACGAAAUUCUGGGUAGGUUCACAGUUGUACAUCAUUAGCACGAGACCAACGGAUGUGGAAAAAAUUUUGACAAACUGUUUAAAUAAGUCGCCUUUUUACAACACCAUCCACGAUGAAGCCAAAAACACUCUACUAACAUCACCAGUCAGUGUCUGGAAAGAACACAGAAAAAUGAUCAACCCCUCCUUUAACCCAAAAGUUUUAAAUUCGUUCCACGACAUAUUCGUCGACUAUUCCAGAAAAAUGGUAGAGUUUUUGGAAUCCACCCAUGGCAAGGAAACCACGGACCUCACGCCAAUUAUAUGGCAAAACACUCUGGAUAGUACAAUCGAAACUCUAACAAACAUAAAACCGCACCUGAUCAAGGAAAGAUAUAACGCCAUUUCGGCCACCAUGAAAAUCGAAGAAAUACUUAUACAAAGAUUGCGAAAAUUUUGGCUUCUUACUGAUUUCUUCUGGAAACUAUCCAGUUUGCGUAAAGAGUACCAACAGGCUUGGCAAAAAGGUCACAAAAUUAUCGAAAAUAUUUUAGCUGAACAAAGCAGAUCAAUUGAAUUCGAAAGCGUCAAUCCUAUUCGAAGUCAACGCUUUCUGCCUCAUUUGAAUAAAUUAAACCGAAACAAGCAGAUCACCCAUGAGGAUAUUUUGGAAGAAGCUUCUUUAAUGUCUAUAGCAGGAAGUGAAACGACGGCAAUCACAAUCAAUAUCAUUCUAACAUUUUUAGGAAUCUACUCAGACGUUCAAGAGAAAGCUUAUCAAGAAGUGGUUUCAGUUACGUCGUGCCACGAAGACCCGACUUUAGAAGAAAUCAAUCGUCUGGAGUACGUGGAACGAGUCAUUAAAGAAACACUGAGGUUGAUCCCUUUAGUGCCUUUUCUUAUGCGAAGUAAUGAGGCAGACAUUACAUCCGACCCGUUUGUUUUCCCUGCGGGGUGCAAUUUUCUCAUUCCUGUGGUGACACUACACAGAGAUCCGGAAGUGUGGCCUGACCCGGAAAAGUUUGAUCCGGAUCGGUUUCUUCCUGACGAAGUUGCAAAAAGACAUCGUUGUUCGUUCAUCCCUUUCAGUUUUGGUAGCAGGAAUUGUAUAGGUUUGAAAUAUGGAAUGAUGUCCAUGAAGGUGAUGAUUGCAAUGAUUGUGAAAACGUUCAAAAUACGCUCUGUUGGUAUGAAAUCCUGGAAGGACAUGGAGUGCGAUUUCUUGAUUAUGCUGAAGCCGAAAAAUAGUCAUUUAAUGUUUGAAAAAAGAACAAACUGAAAUAAAAUUAAUCAAAAUUA